AUGCCAUCAAUUCGACUUGAUAAAUCUUCGUGGCAUCAUAUUAAAGCGUUGCAGUUAGCAGACCCAAAUUGUCACAAACCUGGUCCAGUCGAUCUUCUUAUAGGUGCGGAGUGCUUUGCUUCGCUUCUGUUGCCGGGAUCAAUUAAAGGUGAUUCCAAUCAACCGUCAGCUCUUAAUUCCGUAUUCGGUUGGCUGCUGGUCGGGAAUGUCGGAUACGUAGAGCCUGAAGCACACUCGUUCUUCGUUCAUGAGGAGCCACAACUUCAUGAUGAGUUGAAGAAAUUAUGGCAGCUGGAGGAAUUGAGCGUUUUUCCUUCGAAACCUCUCACCGUCGAAGACGAGAGAUGCGAGCAAAUCUUCAAAGACCUUCAGGUAAGGGAUCCCGCUGGUCGAUACAUUGUAUCUUUGCCUUUCAGAAACGAAGAGCACGAGACUACCUUUCCCGGAUCUCGUGAUACAGCUUUGAGGUGCUUUCAUUCAAUUGAGAAACGCCUCCUCAAGAACAUGGAGUUGUAUGAAAAAUACUGUGACUUCAUGAAGGAAUAUCUCGAUCAGGGUCACAUGAGCCUUGUACCGACUGAAGAAUUGAGUAUUGGAAAAUACUUCAUUCCUCAUCGUUUUGUACUCCGUACGGAGAGCAGCACUACUCCUCUUCGUGUUGUAUUCAACGCCUCCGCUAAAGAUGCGAGAGGACUAUCUUUGAAUGAUGUGUUGCUCGUAGGUCCUAAAUUGCAAACGAAUAUUGUUGAAAUUCUUCUAAAAUUCCGCGUUCAUGCUGUUGUUUUCACCGCAGACAUGAAACAAAUGUACCGACAAAUUCUCAUUCGAGCGUCUGAUCGUGAUUAUCAGCGCAUCUUCUGGCGAUCUAAUGUGGACCAACCCGUGCAGGAAUAUCGUCUUAAUACCGUGACCUACGGCGUGUCUUCCGCACCUUUUCUCGCAUGCCGUACUGUCAAACAGCUGAUUCAUGAUGAGGGUGGUGAAUUUCCACUUGCGAGUCAAGUUUUGGGAUCCGAUGUUUAUGUCGAUGACAUAAUAACUGGUUUUAGUAACGUUCGUAUGGCUCAAAAUGCGAAAACUCAAAUAAUCGAACUUUUGAAAAGGGGCAUUUCGAACUCAGAAAAUGGGCUAGUAAUGUUCCUCAGUUACUCUCUGAUUUACCACGAGAAUAUUGCUUAA